AUGCUUCAUAGGCAAGCAGACAAGUUGAUGCUAUCAGAUGCUACUUGGAGCUCCAACACUCUCAAUGGGCACCGAGCCACAGUUUUACCAUCCCAAACACAGGGCCGCUUUCAUUUGCGGCUUUUUGCUGAUCAUUUGCUCCUGUUUUCCCUGUUGUCGUCAAGUUUUUCAAUCCUCAAUUUGGCAGAUCCCUCUUUGAGAUAUCAAGAUCCAAUUACCUUCACACACCCUUCGGCAAUACUGUGGGCAUCCUUUAUCAACGAAAAUCUCAUCUAUGCAAACUUGGCAAACGGCUCCACGUGGAUAUGGGCUCUUUCGUAUGCUCCAUCUUUAAGAUGUAACUUACUGCUAAUAGCUGUUCUUGAUACUGUUCAGGCUUCUCCUCCAACUUUGAUAAGAGAUUUUUUCUUGUGGUCGCCCUUGUUCGUAUCCUGUACUACAAAUGAAGCCGCCGGAAAUUUUGAGAUCUUUCUUGUUAGGGGUGAAGAAAAAAAGAAUGCCAAUUCAAUCACAAUUUCAUCGUGGAGAAUCACUGUUUCUUCACAUCAGGCCGACGAGUCAACGUAUUCUUCUCAAGCAUACCUUGCUGCGACCAAUACCAUUGAAUUCCCACAAUAUUUUUGUGACUCAAUAUAUGGCGCAAUAUCAAAUUAUGCCUUUUACCAAGCAGAUUCUAAUAUGAUCUUUACGCUGAUUUCAUUUGUAGAUGAUCGCAAACUUUUCCUUGCGCAGCUUCAAUUUAAGGAAAGCCAAAUGCCUACCUCUGAACGCUCCAAAAUUGUUCCACAGCUUUUCUUAGCUUGGUCUGACUUGCUCAACAGCACAAACAAUGCUCUCCAUGCAGAUGCUCAGUUCAAAUACUUUUUCACCAAAGGCGAAAAUCAGUUAUUUUGUGCACUUAAAACGCUGGUGGAUGGCAGAAACUCGCUUUUGGUUUGGGACAACGGUUGGAUUUUUCUGUUUGAGUUUGGUUCUAAUCAUCUCGUUGGUUCUUUCAGUGAAUCAAAAUUUCUCUGGGUCAUUGCAUCAGACUCGAUCGUUGUUUAUGACAAGACUUGCUACGCGUUUUUGUCUAAAAUCAAUGUUUUGGUUUCUGAUUCGAUCCAGUACAUAGGUCUGUACCAUGGAGAGGUGUUAUUGCUUGUCGAUAAAGAUUCCUCCAUGUUUUUAAUGAUCGAAAAGGAUGGCUCCCUACUGGUGCAGUCCCAUUUUGAUGAUGACCAGUUUUCUUGCUUUUCUCCGCCCAUUCCAUGGCAAAAAUACGGUGCGAUAGUUCCCUUUCCAAGGUUUGGUUUUCGAAUAGGUCUAUUUUGCGAUAUGGAUUUCAUGAGUGCCAUUGUUCUCACACGUGAUGGCGUUGAAACGCAAAGAUACAAAAUCAAUUGGCCUUGUUCGUAUGAUAUGAAGGCAUUACCUAUAAAGACAAUAGCAACAAGUCCUUUGACUGCAAUCACACUUACAUCUGCGCGAUUGGACUUCGAUGUGUUUUGGAGGUUCGACAUCUUGACUUUGACCUACAAUGGUUAUGUCCUUCCAAAAUCAGCGGAUGAUCUUUUGUUUUAUUCUAAUUUUGAUUCUCUUCUUUUGCUCAAUUCGCCAUUGCAUGCUGAGAACAAAGUGGUGUCUUCAGCUAGAAUAUUAUUAACCCAUCGUGCAAAAAUCCCAUCCACUUUUAUUGUAAAUUUCGAAAAUGAAGUUCCUUUAUCUUUUUCUGAUCAUGGUGCUUAUGCUAGUAAGUCCCCUUUGCUUCAACUAAAACGAAUCGAUUGUACUGAUGAUACUGCACUGGAAAUAGAAGAAAGCUGGGACAUUUGUGAAAUUGUCGGCUGGCAUUCUAUGUUUAGCUCUUUUAAGGAGUAUUACGAAGCCUUUCUAUUGCCCCUGUCUAAGAUGGUCAAAUCGUUCAUCCCACCGAUUGCAAUUAUUGCAACCAGUUCCAGCCAUCAACGCUUUCACGCGGAAUCUUUGCUUUUGGCGGAUCAAAAUGGCUCCAAAUAUGAUACUCUUUUUGAGGAAGCCACUCACAACUUUGAUUCGUUUCAUUUUGAAAAUACCAAUGACGAUGAAAAUGAUGAGUAUCCAGACAUUGAAAAUGAUAUCGACACUGAUCAUUGGAGCAUGUAUAGUAAGGAUGAACCAUUCCUAGAUGCAGCUGAAGAGAAUAGAAUAUUAUCGAAUACUUUGUUAAAAUGGAUAUCGAUUUGUAGAAAAAUAAAAUCCGAGAUAUCUGAAAUUGAUGAGAGCGGAAAAAAUUUUCUUGCCUGGGCCUGUGCUGUAUGUCUUUUCAAAAAAUUUGCCGAUACUCUAUCAGCAAUGGACUAUGUGGCCAUUGGAAGUAGGUCAGAUCAUGUCUUCAAACUAUUGCCUGUGCUUAUCAAACUAGUGGGGCACAAGCUUAACUGGGCUUCUUAUCUUGCAUGCAAGCUCCCACUUUUGUAUUAUUUAAACUCGCCCGCAAAUACUCAAGCAUUUGGGGAAGAGGCUUUGAUGUUAGGAAAGCAUCUUCUGUCUAUCGACCAAAAUGACCCAAGUUCGCCUCUUGUUAACUUAUUCUUCAUCGCGGCUAAAAAGCCAAAGCUAUUGUCAUCGCUAUGGCGCACAUGUGGAGCGACCUCAUCGUUUUCCACCAAGCUUUGUAAAAUCUAUGACUCAUUUGAACCUUCAAAUCCGGAUCAUAACGGGCAUAUUGCCGUUAGGCAGGUGGCUUUGAAGAAUGCAUUUGCUUGCAUGUCAAAGCACGAACAUGCAUUUGCAGCCACUUUAUUUAUCAUCGGAGGUGACCAUCAUGCUGCUGCCAAGGCAGCAGAUCGAAUUUCACCCCUACUAAGCAUUCUUGUCGCCGGUGCUCUACAUACCCCAUAUAUAUCAUCAAACACUAGCCUGAUAUCUUUACCUCUUAACACGCUGGUGAUGGAAUUUUUUGAUCAACUAGACUCUGGGGACGUGCUAUCUUGCAUAUACAAACUGCCACUUCUGACGAAAUUUAUCGACCUAAAUUCUCAAACUGGCGUCAAAGAGCUGUUGUCAUGUUGGAUUGGGCCAUUCAAACCAUUAAUCGUUGAAAAGAUUACAAAUGUCCGCAAAAUAUCACAAUGGACUCCACAGAUGAGGCUCAAGAUUGGCCAAAAUGUGACCACCGAAUCGAUCACAAAAGGGCUGCUUGCUUUGCUGGAGAGUCUUGAUUGCCUUCCUCAAGAUACUAGGUGA